ACGCCGGUUGAUGUACGGAGGCGGCGAGAAAGCUUGAAAAGAAAAAUCUGCUUCAAUGGCGCCUGUUAAGAUAACCGGCGCUGUUGUCGCAGCGGCGACGAUGGUGAUGCUUUCUUACUACUACUUGGGCUUCUCCGAUAAAAAGAAGCAGAGGAAGAAGGAGAAGCUGAGUAGGAGAAACGGGAUCGUAGAUGCCAUUGGCAAUACUCCUCUCAUUCGUAUCAAUAGCCUCUCCGACGCUACUGGCUGUGAGAUCCUUGGAAAGUGUGAGUUUUUGAAUCCAGGAGGAAGCGUUAAAGACAGAGUUGCUGUCAAGAUCAUCGAAGUGGCUUUGGAAUCUGGUAAGCUGUUUCCGGGGGGAAUAGUAACAGAGGGUAGUGUUGGGAGUACUGCCAUCAGCCUUGCUACUGUUGCUCCCGCUUAUGGUUGUCAAUGCCAUGUUGUUAUUCCUGAUGAUGUUGCUAUUGAAAAGUCUCAAAUAAUUGAAGCCCUUGGAGCUACCGUUGAGAGGGUGAGGCCAGUCUCAAUUACUCACAGAGAUCACUUCGUCAACAUUGCUAGGCGACGUGCUGACGAAGCUAAUGACUUAGCUUCCUCAAAGAGAAGACUAGCACACCAGGAAAAAACUAAUGGUUUUUGCACAGCUGAGGAAGAGAAUGAGCCUUCCUUGUUCCCAGAGUCAGUUACAGGUGGCUUCUUUGCAGAUCAAUUUGAAAACUUGGCAAAUUAUAGGGCUCAUUACGAAGGUACUGGCCCUGAAAUCUGGCACCAGACAAAUGGUAACAUCGAUGCGUUUGUUGCUGCUGCGGGAACCGGAGGUACUUUGGCUGGCGUUUCAAGGUUCCUUCAGGAAAAGAAUGAAAUGGUUAAAACCUUCCUGAUCGAUCCUCCUGGGUCUGGUCUGUACAACAAAGUAACAAGGGGAGUGAUGUACACAAGAGAGGAAGCUGAAGGACGUCGUCUGAAAAACCCAUUUGAUACGAUAACUGAAGGUAUUGGGAUCAAUAGGCUUACUCAGAAUUUCCUGAUGGCAAAAGUUGACGGCGGUUUCCGUGGUACUGAUAAAGAAGCCGUUGAGAUGUCGAGGUUUCUGCUGAAGAAAGAUGGACUCUUUGUUGGAAGCUCCUCGGCUAUGAACUGUGUUGGGGCAGUGAGGGUGGCUCAAGCCCUUGGUCCUGGUCACACAAUUGUCACCAUUCUUUGCGAUAGCGGAAUGAGGCAUCUAAGCAAGUUUCAUGACCCUCAGUACUUGGCUCUCUACGGGUUGACUCCAACCGCAGUUGGAUUAGAGUUCCUCGGCAUCAAGUGAAAAAAUGACAUAUAUAUCUGUUAAACAUUACGAUAGGUUCAGAUUCAUCACGCAGGCGGUCGGAACCUUGCUGAUUUUUUGUUGGCAUCAGGGUAACAUAUUCUUUGUAGCUCUCUAUGAAGGACACUAGAUUUAUAGAUCAUAGUGCUAUGUUCGGAUUCAACGGAAGAAAGUCAAAGCAAUAAUGCAUGUAGUAGUUAUGGGAGUUCCAGAGGUAGCAUAUAAACUGGUUGUGUAACAUUUGAUGACUCCAUCCGACCUAUUGUCUGAGAUUAGUAUUGAUAAUACUAUGUGAUCUAUCCACA